GAAGCGGCGUGGGCAGCAGCAGCCUCCCUGUGUCACCGCCUGCGUCAGACCAGACGCCAGGAGGGAGUUUUCCACUGACGAGAAGGGCUGCGCUCGUCGGCAGUCUGCUCCAGACAAGGGAAGCGCUUCAGCUGGUACGGAGCCCCGCGCGGCGGAGAGACGCAGACAAUAGCACCGAGAGCGGUCUUGUGUGUGCGGGGAGAAGCGCUGUCUUUAUUUGUGCCAUUUUGGAUUACUUCCACCGUUAUCCCAUCGGCUUGUCUACCCAACGCUGGUUCGCUCCCUAAUGGUGAUCGCAUACUCCACUUGGUGAUUGUUCACGCUAACGCCAUGAGUGGGCUGCUCAAGAGGAAGUUUGAGGAGGUGGAUGAGGACCCAUGCUACUCCUCACCCUCCUCCUUCUCCUCCGCCUGCUCAGGCUGGGACUCGGAGGGGGAGAGCUGCUACUCGGACACCCUGGAUUCCACUCCCAGCAACCCCAGCUCCCCGGCAACAAAUUUCAACACAACGUCCAUCCUUAAGAAAACCAAGAGGGCACGACGGGGCAAUGUGACCUUUGACCAGGUGACGGUGUUCUUCUUCCCUCGGUGCCAAGGCUUCACCAGUGUUCCUAGUCGUGGAGGAUGCACUCUGGGCAUGAUGCAGCGACACAGCGUGCUCCGCACGUACACGCUUGCUGAGUUUGCUGUGGAGCAGCGGCUCCUACGUAGGGAAAAAGUCCUCAACAGACUCAGGGAGGAAAAGCUGGAGGCUCUCAAAUUAAAGCUGACUAAGAAUGGAACCCAAGAGAAUGAGGAGGCGGAGCGCUUAACGGUGGACGACAUCCCCGAGCAGGACAUCGACAUCAGUGGGGCCAAUUUGGACGAGGGCUAUUUCCUCCAGCCUUACCCGCCCAAACGCCGCUACGCACUGCUCAAAGCAGCCGGCGUGAAGAAGAUCGACAAGGAGGAGAAGAGGCAGCUGCAUGAGCUGAGAAUCUCCAGGGAGAACUGCGGUUGCGACUGCCAGGGCUUUUGCGAGCCUGAGACGUGUAGCUGCAGCCUCGCCGGCAUCAAAUGUCAGAUGGAUCAUUCCUCGUUCCCAUGUGGCUGUACCAAGGACGGCUGCGGGAACACAGAAGGUCGUAUCGAGUUCAACUCCACGAGGGUACAGACGCAUUACAUCCAUACUAUCAUGAAGCUGGAGCUGGAGAAGAGGCUGGAGGAGCAGUCGAGCACCGAGGAGGAGGAGAACACCUUGCCAGCAGUGCCCUCCUUCCCCUUUAGUUCAGAACUGGCGGCAGCUGGAGAGAACAGUUGCAGCAGCGAUAUGACGGACUUAUCGGACUCCUCUGGUCAGAGCGAGGACUCUGAGGCGGGCGAGAGCCAGUGUGAGCGUCGCGCCCAGCUGGAUGUGGAUGAGAAGGGCCUGAGCCGCAUUUUGAGUUUCAGCGACACAGGGAAUGGCUCCAGAAGUAGCAGGGAGGGUGGCGACUGUAAAGGUAUUUGCUGCCCAGAUCAACAGCAGCCGUGCACGGAGGCUUUUAGUAGCUUUAGCAUGGUGGACUUUGCGGACGAGAAUGACAAUAUAGAUGCCACACUGUUGGACGAUCACACGGACAAUCGAGCUGCAGCCAUCUCAGAACUUUUGGACGAGAACGCCAACCAGGGAAACGGCCUGUUCCAUAGCAGUAGUGUGCCACACACGCCCUCCCCAACCGUCGACCGCUCGGCAAGCUACAACAUGGACCUGAGUCUCUCUUCGGAGUCGGAACUGGAGUUCUUUGACGGUUUCCCCUGCUUGGGGCCCAGCUCGCUCUACAACUCCCUCAAGGAGUACGAACACAUGGACAACUUUUUUCAGUUUCAGUUUCCUAGUUACCCCAGCCUCCCUCCGGCGAGCGACCCCGGGACUUGCUUCCUAGAGUCGCUGAUUGGCCUUUCAGAAUCCGUUCCAGAACCCCCUGCCACAUUUACAGACAAUCAGCUGUUGGAGGAAGCCAUGAAAUUGUCUGUGAUGGAGUCUGUGAAAGUUUGACAAAACGUGAAAAUGUGUGGACGGUGCAAGAACAAAGACAGGAGUUUUGGAGGGGACCGAAAACAAAUGCACAUAAGAAGUCAACGUCAACGUGAUAUUUGGAGGAAGCUGUGAUUUCCCUCUUGCCUAAUAAAUGUUAAAAUUCCAGACUUGCCUUCAAAA